AUGGAGAAAAAUAAAACGACGAUCACAAACCUAAAGGUACCAGAAGGUAGUACUGGAGACACAGGACGAGAAAGAACUAAGACAUUUACCUAUGAUUUUUCCUAUUUCUCAGCAGACAGCAAAAGUCCCAGCUUUGUUUGUCAAGAAAUGGUUUUCAAAAAUCUUGGUACAGAUGUGCUUAAAUCUGCUUUUGAAGGUUAUAAUGCUUGUGUUUUUGCUUAUGGACAGACUGGAUCUGGGAAGUCCUACACCAUGAUGGGAAAUGCGGGUGAUGCUGGUUUAAUACCUCGAAUUUGUGAAGGUUUAUUCAGCAAAAUAAGUGAAAAAACAAAGCGGAAUGAGGCAUCCUUUCGAACAGAAGUGAGUUAUCUGGAAAUUUAUAAUGAGCGUGUGAGAGAUCUUCUCCGACGGAAGUCAUCAAAAACUAAUAAUUUACGAAUACGAGAACAUCCAAAAGAAGGACCGUAUGUUGAGGAUUUGUCUAAACAUUUAGUGCAAAAUUAUGGUGAUGUAGAGGAACUUAUGGAUGCAGGAAAUAUAAACAGAACAACGGCUGCAACUGGAAUGAAUGAUGUCAGUAGCAGGUCACAUGCCAUUUUCACAAUCAACUUCACUCAGGCUAAAUUUGAUUCCGAAAUGCCUUGUGAAACUGUUAGUAAGAUCCAUUUAGUAGAUCUUGCUGGAAGUGAGAGAGCAGAUGCCACUGGUGCCACAGGGGUUCGAUUAAAGGAAGGAGGGAAUAUUAACAAAUCUCUAGUUACUCUGGGAAAUGUAAUUUCUGCCUUAGCUGAUUUAUCUCAGGAUGCAACAAAUCCUCUUUCAAAGAAGAAACAAGUGUUUGUGCCUUACAGGGACUCUGUGUUGACUUGGCUGUUGAAAGACAGCCUAGGAGGAAACUCUAAAACAAUCAUGAUUGCCACUAUUUCACCUGCUGAUGUCAAUUAUGGAGAAACUUUAAGUACACUUCGCUAUGCAAAUAGAGCCAAAAACAUCAUCAACAAGCCUACUAUUAAUGAGGAUCCUAACGUCAAACUGAUCCGUGAGCUGAGAGCUGAAAUAGCCCGACUAAAAGCCCUGCUUGCUCAAGGGAAUCAGAUUGCACUCUUGGAUUCUCCAACAGCUUUAAGUAUGGAAGAAAAGCUUCAGCAGAAUGAAGCAAGGGUACAAGAGCUGACCAAAGAGUGGACAAACAAGUGGAAUGAAACCCAAGAUAUUCUGAAAGAGCAAACCUUGGCUCUGAGGAAAGAAGGGAUAGGUGUUGUGUUAGAUUCUGAGCUGCCUCAUCUCAUUGGCAUUGAUGAUGAUCUUCUGAGUACUGGUAUCAUCUUGUACCACUUGAAGGAGGGCCAAACAUAUGUUGGCAGAGAAGAUGCUGUGACAGAACAAGAUAUUGUUCUUCAUGGUCUUGACUUGGAAAGUGAGCAUUGCAUCUUUGAAAAUCUCAACGGUACUGUGAAUCUAAUACCACUGAAUGGAGCACAGUGUUCUGUGAAUGGAAUUCAGAUUACAGAGGCCACACACCUAAACCAAGGUGCUGUUAUAUUACUUGGAAGAACCAAUAUGUUUCGCUUUAACCACCCCAAAGAAGCUGCUAAGCUAAGGGAAAAAAGAAAGAGUGGACUGCUGCCUUCCUUCAGCUUGUCUAUGACAGAUCUUUCAAAAUCUUGUGAGAACCUGUCAGCAGUUAUGCUUUAUAAUCCAGGUCUUUUCCCUGUAAAAGGACCGAUCUGUCUAAGGCUAGAGUUUGAGAGGCAGCAACGAGAGGAGCUUGAAAAAUUAGAAAGUAAAAGGAAACAAAUAGAAGAGAUGGAAGAAAAACAAAGAUCUGACAAAGCAGAACUUGUAAGAAUGCAGCAAGAAGUAGAGUCACAGCGCAAAGAAACAGAAAUAGUACAGCUGCAAAUUCGAAAACAAGAAGAGAGCCUGAAACGGAAAAGUGUUCACAUUGAGAGCAGGUUAAAGGAUUUGCUGGCUGAGAAAGAAAAAUUUGAAGAAGAGAGAUUACGGGAACAACAGGAGAUAGAGCUUCAAAAAAAGAAACAGCAGGAAGAAAUUUUUGCCCGAGUCAAAGAGGAGUUGCAGCGACUACAAGAACUUAAUCAUAACGAAAAAGCAGAGAAAAUGCAGAUUUUCCGUGAGCUAGAAAAACUUAAAAAGGAAAAAGAUGAACAGUAUGUUAAGCUGGAAUUGGAAAAAAAGAGACUUGAAGAACAAGAAAGGGAGCAGGUGAUGCUGGUGGGUCAUUUGGAAGAACAGCUUCGAGAGAAACAGGUCAUGAUAGAGCUCCUGAAGAGAGGGGACGUACAAAGAGUUGAAGAAGAGAAAAGAGAUCUUGAAGAUAUUCGGGAAUCUUUUUUGAAAGUCAAGGAAGCCCGAUCUGAAGGUGAUGAAAACAGUGAAGAGUUAGAAAAAGCUCAGCUUGAUUUUGUAGAGUUUAAAAAGAAACAGCUGGAACAGUUGACUAUUUUGGAAAAAGAUGUAGUUCAACAAAUGGAUCACCUAGAAAAGGAAAUAGCUGAUGAAGAAAUAGCUCUGGAACAGUUAAAAUUUGCACAUGAAGAACAUUUAAAAGUCAAGAAAGAUGAUGAAAACUUUAUGGAUGCUGUACUCAAGGUUGAAGAAGUUGAUGAGAUAAAGUCAGCAGAGUACAGUCUCCAAUCUAAAGUACGCCAACUUGAGUACCUGAAGAGUAAUAAUUUGCCAGCUCUGCUGGAAGAAAAACAAAGGGCUUCUGAAGUCCUCGAUAGGGGCUUGUUGGGUUUGGAUAAUACUCUCUAUCAAAUAGAGAAAGAAAUAGAAGAAAAAGAAGAGCAGCUUGCCCAGUAUAGAGCUAGCACAAAUCAGCUGCAGCAGCUACAAGAAACCUUUGAAUUCACAGCCAAUGUAGCUCGUCAGGAAGAAAAGGUUCGGAAAAAGGAAAAAGAAAUCCUUGAAUCAAGGGAAAAACAGCAGAGGGAGGCACUGGAGCAAGCUGUUGCUAAGUUAGAAAGGAGGCACUCUGCUUUGCAACGUCGUUCAACAAUAGACUUAGAAAUUGAAGAGCAGAAACAGAAGCUUGCCACCUUGAACAACAGCUGUGAUGAACAGGCAGGUCUGCAGGCUAGUCUGGAGGCUGAGCAGAAAGCCCUUGAACAAGACAGAGAACGCCUGGACCAGGAAAUUCAACAGCUGAAGCAAGAAAUAUAUGAGGGUGAUGGUGGUCAGAAAGGAAAUAAUGGAACUUUAGAAGAGAGGCUCUCCCAUACCACUUCCCCUACCAUCUCAACAAAGCCACAGCUGCCUGCUGCUCCACUAGUUGAUGAUAGGAUAAAUGCCUUUAUUGAACAAGAAGUGCAGAGAAGGCUGCAGAAUAUUCAUCAUAAAGCUGAGGAUAAUGAUGCUAGCCUGUCCUGGUCUACAGAAAGUUUAAAGGAUAAUGAGAGGCUUAAUAAUGGCACUAUUCAGCGCAAGCUGAAGUAUGAGCGGAUGGUCUGUCGUUCUCUGGGAGCAAAUCCAGACGACCUAAAGGACCCAAUUAAAAUUAGUAUUCCACGCUAUGUCCUGUGUGGGCAGGGGAAGGAUGAACACUAUGAGUUUGAAAUAAAGAUAACAGUCCUGGAUGAGACAUGGACAGUAUUCAGGCGGUACAGUCGCUUCCGAGAAAUGCAUAAAACUUUAAAACUGAAGUACCCAGAGCUUGCCACUUUAGAAUUCCCUCCAAAGAAGCUCUUUGGAAACAAGGAUGAACGAGUGAUUGCAGAACGACGGAGUCACUUAGAGAAGUACCUCAGGAGCUUUUUCUCUGCAAUGCUGAAAUCUCCAUCAUCUCCGCUGCACAUUGAUAAAGUGGGGCUAACUCUGUCAAAACACACCAUUUGCGAAUUCUCACCCUUCUUCAGGAAAGGCGUUUUUGACUAUAGCAGCCAUGGGACCAGCUAA